AUGUCUUCCCCAGAAGAGCCUUCCGUGCUUAUCGUAGGAGCGGGCGUCUUCGGAGCCUCGACUGCCUACCACCUAUCCCUUCAAUACAGAGAUGCAUCCAAAAUCACAGUAGUGGAUCGCACAACAGCUCCGCCGACUCUAGCAGCCAGCACCGAUAUCAACAAGAUCAUCCGAGCAGACUACUCGAGUGCUUUCUACGCCGAACUGGCAUACGAAGCGAUGGAUGCGUGGUCGCAAUGGCCGGAACUCAAAGACCACUACCAUCGGACAGGAUGGAUCAUGCUCGACGCCGAGGAUUCCGACCUAUCAGACCGGAUUCGCAAAGUGUUCCGAGACCGAGGCCACGAUCCCACUGAGGAUGUACCGCUGAGGGAACUUGACGACCAUUGGAAAGGUAUCAUGAAGGGCACUGCGACUGAAGGAUUCAAGGCAGCGUACUGGAAUCCGGAAGCAGGAUGGUGUCAGGCAGCUGCUGCUACCGCGAGCAUGAUGAAUGCUGCCAUUUCGCGUGGUGUGAAGUACGUGGUCGGCGAAGUCGAAGAGCUGCUCCUCGAGUCUGGUAAAGUCAGCGGCAUUCGCACAAGCAGGGGCCAGGCUGUCACCGCAGACAAGGUCGUUCUAGCAACUGGCGCAUGGACCAGUAGCACUCUCUCUCCCAUGGAGGACAAACUACACAUUGCAGAGAAGGACCGAGUGGAGCGCCAAGCUACCGCUGCCGCAGUCGGUGUAGUCCAUUACAAGAUGUCUGCUGCUGAAAUGGAAAAGCUCUCUGAGAUGCCUGUGGUUGUCUACGGUGAGCACGGAGAAGUCAUUCCUCCACCCAAAGAGAACAACCUUCUGAAGUAUACCAAUGCGAAUACGUUCACCAGCAUGACUACUACUCCAUCGGGACACAAGAUCUCUGUGCCGCCGCGACGUGAUCAGCACAUAGUACCCGAAGCCCUCAAACGUGAGACAGAGGCCGUCAUGUCUUCUCGGGUCAUGCCGACCUUUGCGCAGGGCAAGACGCCGGAGUAUUGGAGGUUGUGCUGGGAUGCACGCACGCCGACGCAAGAUUGGCUGUUAACUCAACAUCCGCACCCCCAACUCAGCAACUUGUACCUAGCCACCGGUGGCUCCUUCCACAGCUACAAGUUUCUGCCAAUCAUCGGAAAGUACGUGGUCAAUGUGCUCAGCGGCAAAGGCAAUGGAGGAGAAAAGGAUCAAGCAUGGGGAUGGAAGAGUACGGAUGUACAAUGGAGAGGCGCUCACGAGCAGACGGAGCCCAAGAGGGACUUGCGGGACUUGGAAGCUUCGAAAACGGAGUUGCAGUCCAAGUUGUAG